AUAGUGUUUCCAGUGCAAGUACCUGGAAGCAUUCUGGUUUGGUGAGUUUCUGAGCAACACACACACACACACACAUACACACACACACACAAAAGGAAUUAGUUGUACCGACCAACCCAACCAAAAUGACAUGAAACUAAACAUUUCCUGGUACUGUAUGUUUCAGGCUUGUACACACACACACACACACACACACACACACACACACACAGACAACUCUUCCAUACACUUAGUCUUUUUUAUUAUUAUUCAUUCUUUUCUCUUUUUUUGCAAGAAUUUAUUUAUUUAUUUAUUUAUUUUUCUAGAACUUCUUUCCUCCACUAAUAUUCCUUCUUCCUUCCUCUUUUAUUCUUUUUUUUUUUUUUCGUAAUCAGACGAGAGGAAUGUGCAGAUUAUGUCAGUGAGAGGCAGGUACUGAGACUAGUGCUAAUUACUCUCUCUCUCUCUCUCUCUCUCUCUCGUCCUCCACCCAGUCUCUCUUGUCCUCCUCUCUCUCUCUCUCUCUCUCUCUCUCCCCCUCCCUCCAUUCUUGUCAGAGGAGAGAAGUGCGAGAAGGAGCGUCAGCACAGACGGGGAAGCGAAAGAGUUCAAGAGACAGAAAUCAAAACACAAAAAAAGAAGAAGAAGAAGAAGAAGGAAAAGAGACAUACGUGAUUUGGAAAAAAAAAAUAAACAAAAAACCUCUCCUGUCAUCGGAGCUCGGUUUGUCACACGACUGAGAAGAGAGGGGGAUGAUGAAAACGGCUGGAUUACGCCGCUGCUGAACGAGACGUUGACUUUGACAGCUACUGAACGUUGCAGACUCCAGCACUGAUUGGAAGCUUGUGUCAGAAUGACAGCAGAAGACUCCGCCUCUGCCGUCACCAUGAGUAACUGUAGCCCCUCCUCCAAAUCUAACCCUGCCAAUAAUCAUCCGAUCCUCCAUGGAUCCAUUCAAGAUGGUGUUGCUGGAGCCCCUAAUGAAGCGGCCCUGUUGGCUCUCAUAGAGCGCACGGGUUACAAGAUGGUUCAAGAGAACGGACAACGCAAAUAUGGCCCGCCCCCUGGCUGGCAAGGCACCUCCCCCCCACGUGGCUGUGAGAUCUUCGUGGGCAAGAUCCCGCGUGAUGUUUACGAAGACGAGUUGGUGCCGGUGUUUGAGUCAGUGGGCAGGAUCUAUGAGAUGCGCCUGAUGAUGGACUUUGAUGGGAAGAACCGUGGCUAUGCCUUCGUCAUGUACACGCAGAAACAUGAAGCGAAACGUGCUGUGAGAGAGCUAAACAACUACGAAGUGCGCCCUGGACGAUUGCUGGGGGUCUGCUCGAGUGUAGACAACUGCCGCCUGUUUAUUGGUGGAAUUCCCAAGACCAAGAAGCGAGAAGAGAUUCUGGAGGAAGUCUCCAAAGUGACAGAAGGGGUUCUGGAUGUGAUUGUGUAUGCGAGUGCUGCAGACAAAAUGAAGAAUCGUGGCUUUGCCUUUGUAGAGUACGAGUCCCAUCGUGCAGCUGCCAUGGCCAGGAGGAAACUCAUGCCGGGGCGUAUUCAGCUCUGGGGUCACCAAAUUGCUGUCGACUGGGCCGAACCAGAAAUCGACGUCGACGAGGACAUCAUGGAAACGGUGAAGAUCCUGUACGUGCGCAACUUGAUGAUUGAGACCAGCGAGGAGGUCCUCCGCAAGAUCUUCAGCCAGUUCAACCCAGGCUGCGUUGAACGAGUGAAGAAGAUCCGUGACUAUGCCUUUGUGCACUUUACCAGCCGGGACGAUGCGGUGGUGGCUAUGGACAACCUGAACGGUACAGAAAUCGAGGGGUCGUGCAUUGAGGUGACGUUGGCCAAGCCUGUAGACAAGGAGCAGUACACUCGCUACCAGAAAGCAUCCAAGGGAACCGUGACCACUAGUGACAGUACUCAGCAGAAUUUGGUGUAUCAGUGCGAUCCCUACACCCUCGCCUACUACGGCUAUCCUUACAGCACUCUCAUUGGACCCAACCGUGACUACUUCAUCAAAGCAGGUACUGUACGAGGCCGUGGCCGUGCUGGAGCCACUAACAGAGGCCCAGGGCCCCGUGGCUCGUACCUCGGUGGCUAUUCUGCCGGUCGAGGCAUUUACAGCCGCUACCAUGAAGGAAAGACCAAGUUGCCGGAAAAACCAUAUGAGCUCAUGUCCAGUCUGGAGCUGGCAGCCGUUAAUCCAGUGGGCAUUAAGCCUGGCACAAUGGAGGAGCCUUUGUUUGUAACGGCGGCUUCAAGACGCUUCCUGUAUGAAGACGUUAAUCGGCCGCAGUAUUCAGUGACUCUGCCAGGUCUCGGUGCGCAGUACCCCACUAUGUUCUCUGCUGCACCCGCUGCUACUAAACUGGUGGAGGAAGGAAAAAUUCACCCAGUGGAGCAUUUGAUCAAUCCCCUCGCGCUCCAGCACGAUCAUUCUGCUGCUCCAUCGACUGCUGCCGUCAUUCCUGCCGUCUCAACACCUCCACCCUUUCAGGGUCGUCCCAUCACUCCUGUGUACGCCGUGGCUCAUAAUGUCCCGCGGAUCCCUGCUGCUGCCGGUCUGUACGGUGCGAGCUACAUGCCCUUCGCUGCUCAUGCCAACUCGGCCACCCUGGCAGCGCUGCAGAAGAACGCAGCUGUGGCAGCUGCUGCAUACGGAGGUUAUGCUGGCUACAUGCCCCAAACCUUCCCUGCUGCCACCUUCCAAGUGCCUAUCCAUGACGUGUACCAGACCUACUGAGACGCGUUUUGCACCUUUUACCCAAAACACAGCGAGAUAUCUAUUGACUGAUCUGAGAAUAAAGGACUUAUAUUAAAUCUACUGACCAAAAAAAAACUCCCCAAAAACAUUACGCAGAUAUAUAACUAAAGGCCAAACUAGACCACUAACCUAAACUCCAGCUAACUAGAAUGUCUUUCGACUGCUCAUUAAAAGAAAGUCUGGUAACCUGUCGGAAAAACGCAGCAGUAACACUUUCUACGAAGAUCCACGUUGCUAAAUCAUUGCUGUUCUUAAAGAGCCGGUUCACCCACAAAUGAAAAUUCUGUCUUCGUUUAGUCGUGUCGUUCCAAACCUGCAUGCAUUUCUUUCUUCUGCGGAACACAAAAGAAGAUAUUUUGAAGAAUGUUGGUAACCAAACAGUUUUGGUGCCCAUUGACUUCCAUUGUAUGGACAAAAAAAAAAAAACAAACACUGAGACAGUUCUCUACAUAUCUUCUUUUAUGUUCCACAGAAGAAAGUCGGUCAUACAGUUUUGGAACAACAUGAAGGUGAGUAAAUGAUGACAGAAUUGUCAUUUUUGGGUGUAGUCUCCCUUUAAGUUGGACGCAUUUUAUGAACUCUAAUAAUGCCUCAUAAAGCUCUAAUUAUGUUUUAUGCAUAAUACCUUGACAACUUAUAACCCUAACACUGCCUGCACAUAAUCCUAAAGCGACUGUAAUAUUUAUUCAACGUUAUAAAAACAUUACAAACAUGUAAAAUGUUAUCACAGGGGGCACAGUGGCUCCGGGGUUGAGGGUUCGAAUCUUGCCUCCGCCCUGUGUGUGCAGAGCAUGCGUGUUCUCCUUGUGCCCCAGUCCAAAGACAUGCAUUGUAGGUUGAUUGGCGUUUCCAAAUUGUCCGUAGUGUGUGAAUGUGUGUGCGAUCGUGUCCUGUGAUGGAUUGGCACCCUCUGUAGGGUGCCCCCCGGCUUGUGCCCCGAGUUCCCUGCGAUAGACUCCAGGUUCCCCUGUGACCCUGCAUAGGAUAAGCGUUAUGGAAAAUGGAUGGAUGGAAAAUGAGUGUUUCAACUAAAGCGAACACACUUCAUUAAUUCUUAUAAUAAGAAAGACGUGACGUACUUGUUUUCCUAAUGUAACGCAAAAUGAAUUCCGGAUUAAAUACAAAAACACAUAUUACCAAUGUGUUAAAAAUGUAAUGUCAGA